AGUAGCGAACUGACCUCAAGAGGAUUAACAGCACCAGCUCUGAGUCGCCAACUUGUGAACAAAACCCCGUAAAGAACAGCAGGUGGAAGGGGAUAUAUCAGUCAACAAUGUGAAACGCGUGUGAUUCAAACUUGUUUCCAAAGUUCCUACAUGUGAAACUAUGCAACAUCAACUGAAAGUAUCGCAAAGUUAACCAUAUUCAUACACAUUCGGUGCACAAAAUUGGAUUAAUGUAUGGGAAAAGUAUUUUUAUAGUUUUACUCUGCCAAGCUCAACAGUUUUUCGGCGAAAAAUAAAAGUUACUAUUUCACACAUCGUCGGCAGAAUAGUGAAGUGGAAAAAAAUUCUAUCGGCUUGUUAUAAACUGCCAACGACGGAGAAUGGAGAUUCCAGAAACGGGAGCAGUGUUCACCCUAGGGAAAUCAUAUCUGUCCGACACGAUUGGUACGGUUCGGCAUCGACAAUGCCUAGAACCGAUUCGUCGACAGCAACCAACGCCGGACGAUGACCAAGGUGGCGGAGGAACACCGGAACGGCAAACCAGCUCCUCCACAGUAUCGUCCGGUAUGGCGUUGGUGACUUCGGUAGCCAACGGUGGCCACAUGGAAAAACCGGCGGAAUCGCAAUGCAAUGGCAGCAUGAGUCCCACUAGCCUGAAAUCACCAAAAGAGCAGCAACGGCAGCAGCAGAGUUAUUUCUUCAUAAAAAACGAUCCGGUGAUAAAAAUCGUUAGCGGGAACAAGCAAAGUGCCGUUAUUUGCGAAUCUGGACGUGUUUUUGUGUGGGGUCAAAACCAGUACAGCCAACUGGGUCUAGGAUCGACGGAACUUUGUCAAAAGCCUUCCUGUGUACGUACUCUGAAACGACUCAAACAACGAGUUCGAGACAUUCGAUUCGGUGGCAACGGAUAUGGAUUGAUACUAACAGAAGAAGGAAAAGUGUUCUACAGCGGAAAAAACGUAUUCCCCUUUAAUGCAAAGAUCGCCUCUCUCUCCGAAGCGGACAGCCUCCGGAAGUGCUCCACGGACAACAGCGAGUACACCAACGUUCCAGUCCAUCUCGCCGAGUUUUCCGAACACCUGGAAAAGGAAGAUGAGAUUCUGGUGGGGAUCGCCACAGGAUUCUGUCACUUUGUAGCUCUGAGCAGCGCGGGGAACUGUUUCGGCUGGGGACACAACAGCCACCAGCAACUGGGUGGAGUCGAUUCGCUCAAAAUCCUUACGAGACCGGAUCGUAUUGGGGUGGAAGAACGCAUAGUGCUGGUGGAAUGUGGGAAUUAUUGCACCCUAAUGGUAUCGGAAACGAACAAACUGUACUUGGUUGGGAAGUUCCAAAAGAUUACAAUCCCUGUCGUGAAGGAACUUACUAUGGUUGAGCUGCCUUUUAAAGUUUUAUCCAUUCAAAUAACCAGGUAUGAUCUUAUUUAUCUGCUAUUGGACGACAACCAAGUUUAUCGCUGCAAUCGAGUUCAAAAAAUCGACGAGCUUAAGUUCAGUCGAUUGGAACACUUUGACCAAUUUCUUCAUAGCAGCGAAUGGAUUACUCAAAUAGCUCCGGCCGACAAUUUUACAUCCUUUGCAACGAACCAAGGUCGCCUAUUGACGACAUACGAUGACGAUAGUCCAUUUACACCUUCGGACCACUUCCGCGAGCUGGUCAAAUUCAAAGAUUUCCAUGUAGCCAAUGUGGCGAGUGGCCUGGAGCACUCAUUGGUUCUAGCAUUUCCCAGACAGAUUCAAACACCGGCCAUCGAGAUUGACUUCUGCGAAGCAGUUCAAAGUAUAGAGGCAGCCAUCUGUAACGAGGAACAAAAGGUACGCAAUGGGACACCAAUGCCACCCCCACGAAUCGAGCUAAACGAUGAAUUCAUCCGACAGGAGAAGAAAAGGCUACGCCACGAACGAAUCGCAAACGAACUUUCCAAGGAUGAAUGCAUUGAAAUCGAAACCGGCGAAGCGAAAGUGCGCUUCAUCGACAAUGGAGUCGACAUAACGUCGAUGGUAAUCGUUUCGGAAGACCAAAACACCCUCGGGGAACACAUGAUGAAUGAGAAAAAUCGUUUGGAUCCUAAAUAUGCGUCCCACAGCGAAAUCAUGAGAGACAAUUUGCUGCAAACGAAAACUCCAACGCCGAACAUUGCCAGCUGAUUGACUACAGUGAUGAGGAUAAUGGAAGCAUCUCGUCUCAGUCCACUUUCAACGAUGAAGAUGAAUUGACGCAACCUUACACCCCGACGACGAUCAAAGGGGACAGGAAGCCGGUGGCCAGCAACGAUCCGAACAACAACCAGGAUGAAGACCGGAAACUGAGCGUCGAGAGCAAAAGCAGUCAGGGAAGUACCACUUCCCGUACCAGAAUGAAACAGUUCCUGAGGGGCCUAAAAGCAAAGAGUAUGGACGUUAGCUGUCGCAAUGCUGGGACGGUUCUAAACGAUGAUAAGAAGUAUUCGAAGGACGACCAGGAAAUAAGACCGGAAGAUCGAGCCUCAAAAGUAUGCAGUUUGAUGUAAUUUUUGGAGUUUUCGAUCCCAAACAAUUGGCAUAAAUCCAACAAAAUAUUAACUUUUAUAAUAAAUGAUAUUGCACUAAAGUAGAA